GCUGCGCCUCCUUUCUGCCGCGUCGUGCCGGCCUCUGACUGGCCUUGGGGCUACACAUCGGUGCCAAUUUUCUACGGGAGGGUCAUUAUGUGCUUUAAACUCAUUUACUGAAUUCGUUAAAACGAACUACAGAGAACUCAGACAAAACAAUCCUUCAUUGAAAAAUUCACAGCUAAUGCGACUGCUCGGUGUUGAGUAUCGAAAACUGACCGCAGACCAAAAAUCGGCCUAUAAACCGGCUGGACCUUCAAAUGAAGACUACUUGGAACGAAGAAAGCACAUUAUGUAUGCACACAGGCACGGGAUGCCCAGAAAACCUCCACCCUCCGGCCUUAAUGUGUAUAUUCGUGAGAAGUUGUCUGACUUAAAAGGCCAAUCGCUUUCGAAGACUGCAGUCAAAUUUGCUGAAACGGUCAAGGAUUGGAAAGCCUUACCUCCUGAUGUCCACGCGUCAUACUCAAAAAAGGCACAAGACCUCAAAGCCUGCUACGAAAAGGAUCUGGAGUUAUGGGCUGCUGAGCACGACAUUCAAUUCACCAAAAACAUCCCUCUUCUCGCUUCUCGGCUGUACGACCGCAUGCUCAAGCGAUCCGCUGAAACGCCGCAAGAAUCUGCGCAAUUCACCAUUACAUCUCCGAGCAAGGAGCUAAACCACAAAGCGGAAUCAUAGAGUGUUAUAUUCUCUGCAUUUGUUUGGUGUGACAUUGAACACACUGCUACGGAGACCGACUUUACGUGCUUUGCAUUUAGGGGGUAAUUUAUUUUUCUCGCAAAUGAUUCCUCCUCUCAUGCACUGUCUUCUCACAAGAUUCAGGCAUAUGAUUUUCGGUUGUUCCGCGAUACACCUUUUUUAUUCGGUUCCUGUAAAUUAUACAUUAUCAGUUUCGGCUAUCUGGUGGAAUUAUCAUUCCGUUUCUAUUCGUAGACGAUUUCAUCUCUUUCAUGCAUACCAUUAAUAGAUACCACUCAAGCGGCCGAAAUCGGAUCAAUUAAAGUAUAUGCUCUCUAAAAA